AUGGGUUCGCCAGGCUCAUCUCACCACGCUGUGACGACCUAUCAGCUCUCAAUCCAGGAGGUGUUUGACCGUCUUUCGCAGAAUGAGAAGCUCUAUGCUCAUCACCUCUCACAUGCUGCGUGGCAUGGCAGCAAAAUCAUUCUCCGUCAAACCUCGUUUGAAGGUGUUGGCAUCUUCGACUUCAUCUUAGAACUGCACAAGGCUUGUGAGGGAGAAUGGCAUCGCUUCGUGCAGCUCCUAGGGAUAUCCGCCGAGGAAAUGGAACAGUUCCUCGACUACAGCGGUAUGUUCAUGUCCAGGCUGAACAACUUUUGUGGAGAGGGGGACAGAAAGAUUGUGCCUCAAGUUUCGGCGGACACUCUCCGCAAAAUGGCGAGCAUCUCGUCCGCAGCCACAACUGCUCUAGAGAGUAUCAUUGAUCAAAUGCUAUCUCCCGCCCCCUACACUCUGAGUCUUGCCGACUCAACGUAUUACCCUGGCAGCUCCAAGAUCACGAAAGAUGAGAUUGCUGCAGUUGCUCGUGUCAUGGAGAGAAAUGCCAUAGAGCCGGAGAACACGAGAAUCUCUAAGCGCGUUGAGGAUGGUCACGUUUUCUACGACAUCCUUCAGGCUUCCGCGCAUACCAACACUGAGCUUGAGAGUCAUCUCAAGGGAUCCGCCAUUCCCAUCCAGGAUCUUCAACUAGGGAGCGAAGGUCCGCAGUGGAACAACGCAACUGUUCGACUUCGGCGAGGAGACCACUCGGACGAAAUCUCCAAGAUUUGUGAACACAUUUCAAAGGCCAUACGCUUCUCCGCCAAUGAUACUCAAGCUCAUAUGCUUAUGGACUAUCUUGAAAGCUUUACUACGGGAAGCUUGGAGGCCUAUCGAAGGUCCAUGAAGCGCUGGGUCCGAGACUACAAUCCGAGGGUGGAGAUCAUCUUUGGCUUUGUCGAGCCCUACAGAGAUCCAUACGGCGUGAGGUGCGAGUGGAGAGGUGUUAUUAGUGUUGCUGACCUACAGGAAACGGCCAAGUUGUCAACGCUCGUGGAAAACUCAACCGAGUUUAUUCGAAAACUUCCAUGGGCAGUGUCUGAUGUCAACGAUGGAAAAGGCCCUUUUGAGAAGUCCGAGUUCCAGGCCCCUCAUUUCUCGAUUGUGCAUGCACUUUCUUUUGUAUGCAGCAAUGUCUGGGAGGCUUCCAACGUACCCAACUACAACGACAUUCGUGAGACAUGCGGGUUCAAAAAUAUUGUCUAUGCAAAUCGAAUGAGUGCCAAUGCAGAUCCAAAUCGGCCAUUCCACUGGGUUCAUCCGUCUCAGGAGCACGAGUUCAAAAGGAUCAACCACAUCAUUCGUUUCAUUACGACCUCGAUUCAUGAGCUUCUGGGCCAUGGCACAGGCAAACUCAUCUCUGAGACAAUCGCUGGUGUCUACAAUUUUGAUCACAACAACCCGCCAGUCAAUUCAUUGACGGGAAAGCCAAUCGUGUCGUGGUAUCGACCUGGGCAGACUUGGACAAGCGUGUUUGAGAAGCUGGCCGGCACGGUUGAGGAGUGCAGAGCAAUGCUUAUUUCCUAUUAUCUCGGACAAGGAAAAGACAUGCUUUCUAUGUAUGGCUAUGAUGAUGACAGCGACAUCAAGGCAGAUGAGCUCAUCUAUAACAUGUACCUCCACAUUGGGGUUGAGGGUCUCCGUGCCCUCCAAGCAUUCAAUGUGGAAGAACAGGCAUGGGGUAGCCCGCACGCCAACGCAAACUACGCCAUUUUCAAGCAUUUGAUGGCUGAUGCUGAUGGCCUUUUCACGGUGCAUAGUGAUGCGACCGCAGGGGUACUUCAUGUCCAUGUCGACCGGUCCAAAAUAGCUACCCACGGAAAGUCCUCCAUUGGUCGCAUUCUUCAUAAUAUCCAUGUGUGGCGUUGUACCGCGGAUGUUGAUGCCUGUAGGCCGUUCUAUGAGUCCCUCAGUGCUGUUGAUGGGGAGUACGAAGUCUGGAGACAGAUUGUCGCCUCAAAGCCUGAACCGCCAUGGAAAUUUGUUCAGGCAAACACUUUUUUGAAUGAUGAUGGACAGGUCGAGCUGCGGGUGUAUUCGGAGAGCAACGAGGGUAUCAUUCAAUCGUUUGCCGAUCGGGGCAUUUAA